UGCUGUUAAUUCAGCUUCAGUUUUGACAUAUCUAUAGAAGACUUUCCACCAUCAACAUUUGUUGAGCUGCUUCGUUGCUCAAGAGGCUUCCUGAACUCCACAGCACUGCUAGGCCGGAGACAUGCAAGCCAUCAAAUGUGUGGUGGUAGGAGAUGGAGCUGUAGGUAAAACUUGUCUCCUGAUCAGCUACACCACCAAUGCAUUUCCAGGAGAAUAUAUUCCUACUGUCUUUGAUAACUAUUCUGCCAAUGUGAUGGUUGAUAGCAAACCUGUAAACCUGGGAUUAUGGGAUACAGCUGGCCAGGAAGAUUAUGACCGCUUGAGGCCUCUCUCCUAUCCACAGACUGAUGUGUUUCUCAUCUGCUUCUCUCUGGUCAGCCCUGCAUCUUAUGAAAACGUUCGUGCUAAGUGGUUCCCUGAAGUACGACAUCACUGCCCUAGCACUCCAAUGAUCCUGGUGGGCACAAAGUUGGAUCUCCGGGAUGACAAAGAUACUAUUGAGAAGCUGAAGGAAAAGAAGCUGGCCCCUAUUACAUACCCACAAGGUCUUGCCCUAGCCAAAGAGAUUGAUGCAGUAAAGUACCUUGAAUGUUCAGCACUCACCCAGCGUGGCCUGAAAACAGUGUUUGAUGAGGCCAUUCGAGCAGUUCUCUGUCCACAACCUACAAAGACAAAGAAAAGGAGGUGCAAUAUCCUUUAGGGUAAAGUUGAUUCAGAAGAUUUUUCCAAACCUCUCCAGGGGAGAGGAAACAACUCUGUAAACAUCCUCUUAGUAAUCACAGUCACGCUGCAAUUGCAAAAGUCCCAGUGAAGAAAUUGUCUUGUGAUAAAUUUCCCCAGGAUUUAAAUGAAACAUGGAAUAUCAGAGAAGCUGCAACCCAUUGGAAAGAUGUUUGUAUAAUAAACAACAAGAUAUUUAUAUA